UAAAAAAGGUGGUCGUGAACAGGUAUGAUGUGGUAUCCCGCGGACGACACGUUAGGUUUUGAUUUGUCACUAAAGCGGAUCCCGGAAUGUAUUAUUGAAGGAACCGAACGCCCGACGAAGCGUUUAAUGCUAAAGGUAAUUAUGUCAAUAUUUGAUGUCAUAGGCUUUUUAGCUCCUUUCACCAUCCAGGGCCGCAUAAUGCUACAAGAUACUUGGCGACUACAUACUACAUGGGACGAACAUAUUCCCGACAGCAUUUACGAGAAAUGGCGUAAGUGGCUUGAUUUAUUAAAAUCGGUUCAUGCAAUACGCAUACCUAGAUGCUAUAAACAGUGUAGCAAAACAUCGGUGACGGCGGCGAGUGACGGAGAAGCGACAUCGAUACCUGCGAGUGCGAGCGAGAUGGACGACGCGCCGAUCGACUCCACUGCUACGACACAGGCUACGGUAAUACCUGUCCCGGUGACGUCAUCGCUCCCCGCGCCCGCGCGCGCCACAUAAUGCUACGAGCGCCAAAGGCUUCGUAGCAGAGACUACGAGCCGCGGCCGCGCUACGACAGCAGCCGCAUCCGAUUAUACUAACGAACAGCUACACAUGUUUUGCGAUGCUAGUACUAAAGCGAUGUGUACUGUUGCAUAUUGGCGGUGGGAAUUGAAUGGUGUUAUUCACGUUGCAUUCAUCGCAAGUAAGUGCAAAGUUAUGCCUGUAAAACCUUUGACGAUGCCCCGGGCCGAACUGCAAGCCGCCUUGUUAGCCGCUAGGUUGUCUAACACUAUUGGAAAGGAACAUGGAAUAGCGCCCGCGCGUAGGUAUUUUUGGUGCGACUCGACUACGGUUCUCCAUUGGAUUCGUAACAACGCGCACACGUACAAAGCGUUCGAAGCGAACCGCCUAGAGGCGAGAUUGACGAGUUGACGCGUGCGGAGGACUGGAGGUAUGUUAUGUACUUACAAAAUUAAACGUUGCAGAUUUAGCCACUCGGGAGAACUUCGAUAUGGCAUUGCAGGAGGAAUGGUUUGCAGGGCCGAAAUUUUUAUACUGUGAUGAGUCUGAGUGGCCUAAUGAUGUGAUUCGGCCGAGCACAGUUGAACCGACGGUGACGUCAGAGUGCGUUGCAGUCUUGAAACACGUCUCGGUUGAUCUGCCCGUACCAGACCCGGAACGAUUUUCUUCCUGGCUUCGUUUGUUGCGGACUACGGCUACCGUGUUAAAAUUUAUAAAUAUCUGCAGAGGACGGUCCGGGCAGAUCGACCGGGACCUAAUGGAGUGUGCUGAGCGGUUGUUGAUAAAACAAUCGCAAAGCGAUAGCUUUCCGGAUGACUUGGCUGCGAUCACGAAUGAGAGGUCAUUGCACCGCAGCAGCAGGUUACUUUCCUUGUCUCCCUAUCUAGACGAACAUGGCGUGCUCAGAGUCGGCGGUCGCAUCGACGCCGCGGCGAACGUGAGCAUGGAGGUGAAGAGACCGGUAAUUCUAGAUGGUCGACAUCCCGUAGCCAGACUUAUCGUACGUCACUACCACACGAGGGCGGCUCAUGGUAAUCAGGAGACUGUUGUGAACGAGUUAAGACAGCGUUACUGGCUGUUGCGGCUGAGACCUACCGUCAAGGCCGUAGUAUCCAGGUGUAUGCUGUGCAGGAUUCGCAAGAGCAGGCCGCAGGCGCCACGGAUGGGUGAGUUACCCAAAGCCCGAGUUGCGCAACACCAGCGACCUUUUUCACACUGUGGGCUGGACCUGUUUGGGCCGAUGGAGGUUUCCAUUGGCCGGCGACGGGAAAAGCGCUAUGGUGUCCUAUUUACCUGCCUCACGGUACGCGCAGUCCAUAUUGAACUGGUUUCCUCCCUCACGUCGGACUCGCUGAUCAUGGCGUUGCGUCGGAUGGCGGCCAGGCGUGGCUGGCCUCUUCAUCUCUACUCUGAUAACGGUACUAACCUGAGGGGCGCCGACACGGAGUUGAAGCGAUCGAUGCUGCUUUUGGACACUGAAAAGUUAAGUAACGAGGGCAUUAACAACGGGAUGGAGUGGACUUUUAUCCCUCCCGCCAGUCCCCAUUGGGGUGGGGCGUGGGAGAGGCUCGUACGUAGCGUGAAGACAUCGCUGAAAGUCAUAUUAUCUGAGCGUGCACCACGGGAGGAAGUGUUGAGCACUCUGAUGGCUGAGGUGGAAAAUAUUGUCAACAGCCGCCCCCUGAUGCACGUGUCUGUCGAACCAGGGGACGUUGAGUCGCUUACCCCCAACCAUUUUCUUCUCGGUACGUCUUCCAACUUACCUGUCAUAGGAAAGUACGAGAACUCAGACCUGCACUUGCGCAAGCUUUGGCGUACGGCGCAACGACUGACUGACAUGUACUGGCAGAGGUGGGUGAAGGAAAUCCUGCCUGAUCUCAUCCCCCGGAGGAAAUGGCGGGAUGAAACGACAUCAGUAAAGGUCGGGGACCUUGUUUUUCUGGCAGACCCCCAGUCUACGCGCAACACCUGGCCGAAGGGGGUGGUUACACAUGUCUUCCCGGGCAAGGACGGGGUCAUCAGGCUGGUCGAAGUGCGUACUGCGACCGGGAGGUUACGGCGGUCGGUGGCCAACGUAGCACCUAUCAUCCUCAGUGAUGAGUGCUGUGACAGCACUAGGGUGGGGGAUGUUAGCGACGCGCCUAAAAUUUAAACUAAUUCGCGCCUAAGAUUUAAAUUCGUUUGGUUCCGCUACCCGCCGCCCUGCGGCGCCACGUGCGAGGGGGGGCGGGCACGGCGGCGGGGAGGGGAAGGAGCGAACCGAUUGUGCAAAAAUUUGUCAGUCCUUUUUUGUCUGUCACUCUCAGUGUACUUAGCAUGUGACUCGUGUGCAAUAAAAACAGUGCAGUUUGGAAUAAGCAGUUUUUCAUUUGUCAUCGCGUCCCCUGGCCCCUACACAAGCAACA